AUGCUGAAGCGUUUGUUGUCUUUCCUUCACUGUGCAUCUUGGUACGGAUCAUUGUUUCCAUUAGCUUUUUCAGCGCGAUCAGAUCUUGGACGACUGCGUGGAAUGUGUGGAUCAUGCUUUUGCGCCGUGUUUGGACUGAUGCUCAACGCCGCCAACCGCCAGCCGGCGGCGCUAACUAGGUUGCUGAAGUUUCCGGUGCCAUGCCAUAAGGUGAUGCAAUAUUCAAGAAGGAAGAACAAUCAGAGUGGUUGUAGCUGCGGACGAGGAGGCGAUCAGAAGUACCAGAACAAUCGAUCAUGGCGAGACGAGGUGAAGUUUAAAGGCAGUACCAGGAUCCAUUUAGGGGACUCAUCCGGUCUGCAGUAUUGGAUCCUUCUGACGUAUUGCAGCAGCCAAAGGGCAUGGAAUUUCGGAGCAAACCAGCGUGAUGAUGACCAGGCAUCGUUUCCUCGAAUUAAAGUAAACUGUGCAGGGCUCUCUUUCUUGUCAGCACGGAGCCCCGAUAUGUCAGGCUGCCGUUGCGCGCUGGUUUGCCCUGCUCGCCGUGGAGCAGUAGCACUGGGCUGGGGCUGGUUGGUGGGGACUGGCUCCAUUCAUCCAACCUUUUCGUUUGUCCAUCCAUCGUGA